AUGGCGGUGGUGGUGGUGCAGGUAGGGCAGUGCGGCAACCAGCUGGGCGAUGAACUUUGGCGUCAGCUUAAACUGACGACAAGCUCGGGUGCGGUGCCGUCGCCUUUUUUCACGUGUGAUCGCAGGGCGCGCUGCGUACUGGUGGACUCCGAGCCCAAAGUAGUCACUACGGUGUACGCGCGGCACAAGGACAUUUUUCGUGUGGAAAAUGUCAUAUAUGGCGACUCAGGCUGCGGUAACCACUGGGCGCUCGGUUACUACGGCGUCAACAACCGCUUGGGUCAUCGGGCCGCGGAAAACGCAGCGGUAGCACGCCCGUUUCAGGUGGCCAAGGACCAACGGCGGCGAGACGGUUGUGUUGUGCGGGAUGCCCUUCGCGCCAUUUACGCCGAGACGCGUCGAACAGUCGACGCGGUAGAGUUUGAGGCGAUUAUUGUACUGCACAGCCUUGUGGGUGGAACAGGCAGUGGCAUGGCUACUCGGCUGCUGGAGAAAAUUCGCUACUACUUUAUUGAGCCCCGGGACGACGAACACACGGUGGAUGAGUGCGAAGAGGCUGCGAUGAUGCGGCGUGACGGAUUGGACGGGAUGAUGAUGGAUAAGCGGCGUGCAUCGUACCUCGUCAGCGUCACAGUGGCUCCACAGGCCAGUGGGGAACUCUCCACCCAGGGCCUAAAUGCUGCCCUUACGCUGCAUGCGCUCCAGGAGAACGCCGACGCCGUACUGCUGCUGCGUAACGACGAUUGCCUCCGCGCAGGGGCGGAGUCUUCUGCUGCAGGACGUCCUCACAGCCGCGCCAUCGCAGCAUCUUCUACCGCUUCCGUUUCACUCAUCAAACCGUGUGCAACCUUCACGGAGAUCAACGAGGUCUUUGUGGCGAUGCUGCUUCCGAUCAUGUUGUACGGCCGAAGUGCCAAUGCUGUGGGGGAUCUCGUGCUAAGGUGUUCCCCCAAUCAUCGGGAACUCAACAACAUUCUGACAAUUUUGCCCACCCCCCAGAGGCAGUAUUUGCGCUUUAAGGAGUCUGUGACUCUCUCGCGCUUUUACAUUCUCAGUGGGGUCAAGCAGCACAUGCCUGGGGUGUGCCCUAGCGUCCCAAUAGAGCUGCUGCACACCGCACGUUCCCUGCGGAACCCCGAUUUGGUGACAUCGAGCGAGGAGGUGCAGGUACCGAGGGAACUAUUGAAGAGUUUCACUGAGACUGCGACCUCACGGCGCUCCACCUCGGCGGCGCUCCUCCAGCAAAUGGAGGGGGUUCUCGUGUUAAACGAGGUAAGGGAACUGGAUGCAGCGGUGCUAUUUCAUUUACUGCAGUCGGCUGCAAUGAAAGUCGAGGCGGGUGCCUUUUUGUCAACCUUUGAGGAAGUGGGAAUGACGGCGGAGUGCAUACAGGCAGCCAUACACGAGGUUGCCGUGAGACUCUCUGCGGCGGAGGAGGCUUGA